AGGAAUGCAUCCUGUCGGGCAUCAUGUCCGUGAACGGCAAGAGAGUGCUGCACAUGGAUCGCAACCCGUAUUACGGAGCAGAAAGCGCGUCCAUAACUCCGCUGGAAGACUUAUACAAAAGGUUUAAAAUACCAGGAUCACCACCAGCAUCGAUGGGGAGGGGAAGAGACUGGAAUGUUGACUUGAUUCCCAAGUUCCUGAUGGCGAAUGGUUUAAUGGGACUGUUUGAAAAACGUCGCUUCAGGAAAUUCCUCGUGUAUGUUGCCAACUUCGAUGAGAACGAUCCCAGAACCUUUGAGGGCUUUGAUCCCAAGAAGACCGCAAUGCGCGACGUGUAUAAGAAAUUUGAUUUGGGCCAAGAUGUCAUAGAUUUUACUGGUCAUGCUCUUGCACUUUACAGAACUGAUGACUACUUAGAUCAGCCAUGUCGGGAAACCAUCAAUAGGAUUAAACUCUACAGCGAGUCUUUGGCAAGGUACGGCAAAAGCCCAUACCUGUACCCACUCUACGGUCUUGGAGAACUGCCACAAGGAUUUGCAAGGCUAAGUGCUAUUUAUGGAGGUACCUACAUGUUGAAUAAACCAAUUGAAGAAAUCAUUGUGCAGAAUGGAAAAGUGGUUGGUGUAAAAUCUGAAGGAGAGAUUGCUCGCUGCAAGCAGCUCAUCUGUGACCCCAGCUACGUGCAGGACCGGGUGGAGAAGGUGGGCCAGGUGAUCAGAGUCAUCUGCAUCCUCAGCCACCCCAUCAAGAACACCAGCGAUGCCAAUUCCUGCCAGAUCAUCAUUCCGCAGAACCAAGUCAGCCGGAAGUCCGAUAUCUACGUCUGCAUGAUCUCCUCCGCACACAACGUGGCAGCCCAAGGGAAGUAUAUCGCCAUAGUCAGUACCACUGUGGAAACCAAGGAGCCCGAGAAAGAAAUCAGACCGGCCUUGGAGCUCUUGGAACCAAUCGAGCAGAAGUUUGUUAGCAUCAGCGACCUCCUUGUACCAAAAGACUUGGGAACCGAAAGCCAGAUCUUUAUUUCCCGCACGUAUGACGCAACAACUCACUUCGAGACGACCUGUGAUGACAUUAAAGACAUCUAUAAGCGGAUGACGGGGUCGGAGUUUGACUUCGAGGAGAUGAAGCGCAAGAAGAACGACAUCUACGGGGAGGACUAACGGCGGCGCGUCCUUCCGAGUCGGACACGCCUGGAGAGCGGCAGGUGGCGCAUAUCGUACGCGGUCGCUAUUGCCAGGCCUGCUUUUGAGAUCCAGACGGAGAGAUGGGGGCGCUGUGCCAGUCAAUACCCCCUUCCUCUUUCUAAUAUCAUGUCUUAACGUGUUUCCAUGGAGUGGCUCUUCGGAAUUGGCGGGUUACCACAUUCUGUCCAAUGUAACCAAACUGGCUUCUUUUCCCUAGUUGAAGGAUUGGUUUUAAGCAAGUAUUGCCAGACUGAUCAGAGAGCUUGAGACAGGGGCACGUGGGGUGGGAUUCGCACCUUCUGGUCACUGUAGCCUUGGCAGUUGCGUGCUGCUGCUGCUGACGGCUGGAGCUAGACCAUCGGCGUGCCGCCGUCCUCCUGACGGUGAGGUUCCCAGUGGAAUACCCUGUGGCCCGGGAUGGCAUCGUGUUUUCCGAUGCCUCGAUGCAUUGCAUUGUCAAGUAUGAUGGCAUGGCCCACACCGCAUAACCGCAAGUUUGGCUUACGUGGGCGUUAAAUUCUACCCACGCUCCUGACGUGGGGAGUCACUGGAGGAAGCUGCGAUGUGGCAUCUUAACCUAAUACAACGGAUGAGAGAAAAGGGGAGAGGAACCGAUCUCAAGCAGGUAAAAUGUGGAAGCAUCUUUGUGUCUCAGGCUGGCUUCUUCACUGGACCAAGCUGCAAUGCAGUAUUGAUUUGACAGAGCCUCUGCUGUCUCAACAUGGCUCCAAAUGAUUUCUGUACUGCAAAAUAAAGCCAAACUCUGGAAACCAGUA